CUUUAUCGUGUCCAAAAAUCGGAAUAAAUACCGAUGAAUCGGUCUAGUUGGCAGCGCUGGUCAAAAGUCCCCGAUGACAAAACUUCGUACGCGCGUGUUAUGAAACUGUUCGUAACAGUGAUCCUUCUAAACGAAAAAUACUAAUUAACAUAAAUAGCUAUCGAGUAUGUCCAUUAAACUUAGCGGCACCUUUACCCGUUCUGGUGGGGUUUUUUCCGCGAUUGGGAAGCAAUUGAAGAUGCUUAACUUGAAAGCAGUGAAAAGGAUUACCGUGACAUUUGACCCUUUCCAGGAAAAUGCAGUUCCCACCAGGGAACUACUUCAACAUCUAUCGUCACCCAAAAUAAUUAAAACCAACCCUUCCUGCUUAUUGAAACCCGAAGUAGUUUGCGACCGGCGGCAGCCAUCGAUAGUCUUUCAACUGAUUCCAUCGGUUCAGGCCGAGACAAAACUGAAGAAAAUCGAAUUGAACGGUGCAAAUCUUUCUACGCUGGAACUAUUGCAGCUCUGUAAUAAGCACGUAUCUAGCCUGGCUCCGAAGGAAGUCGUCACGAGCUCGAUAAAAACGAAGUCCGAAAAGGUUGGCGGUGGCAAGCGACGGUGA